AUGGAUCCUCGCACUCCAGGAUAUGCACACUUAGCCAUCGCCUGUGCACAUCUUGGCUUCAGCCAGUUCCAGAACUGUUUGGAAGCGUUCGAGCAAGCGAUGAAUGUGGCAAAUGAGACCGGCGAUAAACUGCUCGAGCUGCAGAUCUGCGUCGGCCUCGGUUCCCUAUUCACUUUGCUACGAGAUUUAUCGAAAGCGCUGAUUUUCCUUCGAAACGCAAUGGCUAUAAUUCAAUCGGUCACCGUCGACGACGUGCACACGAAAUAUCGGUGUACGAUACUUUAUCAUCUAUCAGUGGCCCUGCGAAUGCGAGGAUCCCUUGUAGAGGCGAAAGAAGCCUGUGAUGAAGCCUUACAAUUAGCAUCCGAGACGGGUAAUCGAGCAUUGCAUGCCAGAUGCAUGUGUAGUCUAGCUGAUAUCUAUAGGGAACUAGGGGAAUCUGAAGCGAAGGAGACUCUGACGAAGUCAUGGGCUCGAUACGAAGAAGCGUAUCGGGUACUGAGAGCGUCACAGGACCGUAUGGGUGAGGUGCUGGUGUUGGCCAGUAUGGCGAAGAGUGCGUCCGAGAGCCGAUCACAUUACACGGGACAAUGCGAAUGCCAGGCUAUUCAGCUGAAUAAGAAGUGCUUGGACAUCGCAAGGACGCUCGGAUGCAAGCACGUCAUGCUGAAAUGCCAUUCUCGUCUCGCUGAGCUAUACUCACAGCUGAACGACGAGGACAGCGAAGAAGUUGCACGAAGAGCCGCCAGCCAACUUACUCAAGAAAUGGAACUUUUCUGUAACUUCUGCGGACAAAGGUACGGUAUGAAAGACGAGAGCCUCCAAGCGCUUAGAUGUUCUCACGUGUUUCACGAACGGUGUCUUCACACAUUCCUUCUCGAACGGGAGGACCAGACAUGCCCGAAAUGUCGCUGCCGAGCCAUCCUCUCCGAUAACAUUUCCAUGAGAACGCCGAGCAUUUGCUCGACAGUUGAUGCACAAACGCCAAGUAGUAAGUCAUUACUUUUACGAACACUCUAG